AUGCAAGCUUUUAAUGCUUUAAAGAAAGUAGGAAAAGUUUUCAAAGAAAAGAAAGAAGAGAAGCAAAAACAGCGGCCAUUAGUUUAUGAUAAAGCACCUCAAAAGCCAAACGCCAAUGUUCAAUCAAAAGCAACAGCACCACCACCAACAGCAAUUAGUAAAGAGCCAUUGGAUAUCUUAAUAUAUACUCAUAAUAUUCGAUUAGAUACACAAAAGUUAAUGGUUGGUGAGAAGCCAUGGAAAUAUAGAAAAGAUGGAGUAGUCAGAUUAAUUAAACAAGUAACAAGUGAACAUUAUCCUGUUUUGAUUGGAUUACAAGAAGUUUUAUAUAAUCAAUUAAUUGAUAUCAUGAAUAAAUUGGGUUCUAAUUACACUUAUUUUGGUGUUGGUAGAGAUGAUGGUGGUUUGAAAGGUGAAUUCUCUCCAAUUAUCUAUAAUAAACUUGAUUGGGAAUUAAUUGAAGGGAAAACAUAUUGGUUGAGUGAAACUCCUGAAAAACCAAGUAAAAGUUGGGAUUCAGCCUUGAAUAGAAUUGUCGUUAGUGUGGUUGUAAAGCAUAAAAAGACAAAUAAAGUGGUCAAUUUUUAUAAUACUCAUUAUGAUCAUAAGGGAAAACAAGCAAGAAUAGAAUCCUCAAAAUUGAUAUUACAAAUUAUGGAUAGGAAAAUUGGUGAUAGUAUUUUAGUUGGAGACUUUAAUAGUGAACCAAAUUCUGGUGGUUAUCAAAUAUUAGACGAACAUUUACAUGAAACAUCAAAAUAUGCAGAAAACAAAGCCGGUGGUGAAUUCACAUGUGUGGGAUUUAAUGAUGAAGGUGAGUCAAUAAUUGAUUUCAUUUGGGUAUCUAAGAAGUUAAAAGUUUUAUCACAUGAAGUUAUAAUGAGACCAAAUGGAGGUGAGGAUUGUAAUUGUAGUGACCAUUUACCUAUUAAAGCUAUUGUAGAGAUAUAA